UUCAAGCGUACAAAAAAGAGGAGCGAGUUCGAGAGGAGAUAGCGUCCCUUUCAGGCUUUUAGACUUUUAGUUUCUACAUUCACUGUGCCUGUCUGUGCAUUCUCGUCAGAGUUAACGUCUCACGCCAGUCACACGUUAUUUGGCUCUUCAAUUUCGGAGGAGAUGGAAGAAUUCGAACACCCAGAUGUUGAUGUCCCUGCGAAUAUAUCGUUGGCUCAUCAAUCGUUGUUCAAAGCAGAGAAGAUGACUGAACCACUUAAACCACCAGCGAGUGCUGCUGCUUAUUACGUUAUGACGCAUCAUUCCGAAUUGGGUAAUCUUACUCCUGCUGAAAUUGAUGUUCUUUGGGGAAAGGUGCCAAAGAAACAAAAAAAGAAGUGCAUUGAUGAACAUAAAAAGAAGCAUCAAGACUAUGCUUAUGAAUUUGAAAAAUUCAUCAGGACAUUGAAUGCAGCCGAACUUAAAUCUUAUCGCACAGUUAUGGAGAAUCGUCGUGCUCAGGAUCAGGCGGAUAAAGUUAAAGAAAGUUCUGACGGUGAAUUUGAAUCGAUUAGUACAGAUGAAGAUCAAACAAGUGUCGCCUGCUCUGACCACGAUGGUCAAAAUAUCCUCGGACAAGACUAAACCGGCUGAAAAUGUACCUCUGAAACUGUUUCAUUGAAGUGUAAAAUGUUUCACCAACUUACAAACUUCGUGAAGUGCCUAUCAAUACUAAGUUAGUGCUCGUCAAAUUGGUGUUGAACGUCCGUUCAUUCAUAAUCUAGAAAUGGGUAACCAAGAAAUUCUUUGAAGGUUUUAUGUGUUUAAUUUUUUAAAAAGAGGGGAUGGACUAGUAUAUAUGUUGAAUGUAUUUAGUCGCUCUCACAGUUUAAAUAAAAUGAUUCCGUUCAAAAAAUAA